UCCCGUAAUCAGGUCACAUUUCACUGUAGUCUCAGCAUCCGUCUCUCGCCCUUUAAAGCAGAAGAACUGAGACAUCAGACAAGCGGAAUAAUGGUGUGGAUGAAGGAUCUGGGAUGUCUUCUCGUCCCGUUGGUGAUCCUCGUGCGGUUUUCCAUGCAGGUGGACGUUAAGAACGGGAAAGACGCCGAGACAACGGGGAAUUUCAUGGAAGAUGAACAGUGGCUGUCCACCAUUUCCCAGUACAGUCGCAAGAUCAAGCACUGGAACCGCUUCAGAGAUGAUGAUUACAUCAGGUCAUGGGAUGAAAAUCAAGGCUCAGAUGAAAAUGUGGACACUACUAAAGAUCCCUGCCAGAAGGUAAAGUGCAGCCGACACAAGGUGUGUGUUGCCCAGGGCUACCAGCGUGCUGUGUGCGUCAACCGCAAGAAGCUGGAACAUAGAUUGAAGCAGCAGGUCGUUAGGGAGCAGCAGGAGAACAGCUGUAAACCCUGUCCAGUGUCCUCCUCUGGUCCAGUUUGUGGCUCUGAUGGACAUAACUAUGCCUCUCAGUGCAAACUGGAGCAGCAGGCUUGUCUCACAGGAAAGGAGUUGAAAGUCAAAUGUGCUGGUCUCUGCCCCUGUACUGCCACCGCGGCUACUGCUACAGAUGUGGACAGCAAACAUGAGAGUUGCACAGGGCAGGACCUGGCAGAUCUGGGAGAUCGCCUGCGGGACUGGUUCCAACUGCUCCAAGGCAACAGCAAGCAGAACAGCACAGGAAAUCCUGCGACCAGUUCUGCAUCAAUUCUGGACCGGACUCUUGUUGCAACCUGUAAGGAUUCUAUUGGCUGGAUGUUCUCUAAGCUAGACACGAACAAUGACCUGUAUCUGGACCAUGCUGAGCUGGCUGCUAUUAAUCUGGAUAAGUAUGAAGUGUGCAUACGGCCCUUCUUUAACUCCUGUGACUCUUAUCACGAUGGCAAAGUCUCCACAGCCGAGUGGUGCCUCUGCUUUUGGAGAGAAAAGCCUCCUUGCUUGGCUGAGCUAGAGAGUGUCCAACUGCAGGAGGGAGCCAAGAAGAAACCAGAUACAUACAUUCCCAGCUGUGAUGAGGAUGGCUUUUUCAGGAGGCUGCAGUGUGACAAGAGCAGAGGGGAGUGCUGGUGUGUGGACCAGCAUGGAGGAGAGUUAAUGGGCUCCAGAAUCCAUGGCAACCCCGACUGUGAUGAGGUGGCCACGUAUUCGGGUGAUUUUGGCAGUGGGCUCGGAUGGGAGGAUGAGGAGGAGAAGGAGGCGGAGGAGAACGGCGAGGAGGCUGAGGAGGAGGAAGGGGAGGUGGGAGAGGUAGAUGACAGUGGAUACAUUUGGUAGAACGAAACAACAUUUUCGCCGCCUUCAAAGUAGCUUUCUGUGGCCCAUCACUACAGAGGCAGCUCUAUCUUCUGAGAUUACAUGGACACUGGAGGGUUGGUCAUCUUUAUACUGAGCUCCAAACAGCAUUGACUUGGGGAGGGGGGGAGGGGUGGCUGGUUAGUUUUCGCUUUAGUGAGAUUACGGUAUUGGGAAAGAGUUUUCAUUUAUUGGGCUUAUCAAUACUUGUGAAACAUCAUAUUUUUGUUGUAAGUGCAAGAGUUUUCUCCUGAAUUGGUCUCUAGCAUCUGCAGUUCUCACAAGCUCAGAAUUAGACGCUUGAUAGGUGUGAUGUGAUACGUUCUUAUGCAAGUCAAAUAAAUACAUACCGUCAUCACUAUAUAUUUGGAAAUCAUACCUGUAAGUUCGAAAGGUAGGUUUCAAGGUACUGACUUUUAAAAGUAUGUAUAUAAAGAAAGGCUUUGGGUCUUACCUAUUUCAGGUCGCUUACUGCUUUGUUAGAUCUUCUGUCGACCAUCGAUACCUUCAACGGUUAUGGCAACUGCUUUCUUUGGGCAUUUUUGAGAAUGCUGCUACUGUAUAAUGUCUUUGUUCUUAGAGUUUAUGUAAAUUGUUUUGAUGUCCUCGGUUUAGCACACAUGUGCACAGCAACAAUAUAUAACUACUACAAGGAGUCGCAAAUUCCAAAAGAAAAACUCUAUAGAGCUAAGACUGUUACCCUAUAAUCAGUCUCUAUAACAUUUGUUUGCAUUGAAGCAACCUUUAAGUAGAUGUAGUCGUAAAUAUCUUAAGAUGAGGUAGCCUUUGUCAGUGUAUUUGAAGAACUUGAAUGAUGUAUUUCUCAAACAGAUUUUAGGCUACUUGCCAGAAAGACACAAAUGCACUUCUACAAGAUGAUCCUCUUUCUAAAGGCACUACUUUUUUUCUCUCUCUCUCUUUUGUAUAAUAAUGCAACCAAAACCAGAGAUGGCAAAGCAUUGUAUUUUCAUAUAAACUACGUCUUAAUGUAGUCAUGUUCUCUCUCCUUGUUUCCAGUGUCCAUCAUUGUUUUCUUUGAAAUGGACAAUAAGUCCUGAGAUAUAUGCGCUCUGGUUUCAUAUUUCUAUCAUAAUAGAAUUAGCUUAUACUCCACUAAGCCAGGCUGAAAUACAGUACCUAAGAGGCGGCACGGCUAAUAUAACAACGCAGUAUGCCGAUGAACAGGAGAGUCGGGAAUUAGCUUUUGAAAAUGCAAUCUGACAUAUUCCCUCUCAUAUACCCAAAGGGACCAAUCUGUCUUUGCAGAUGUCUCCUAAUCAGAUCUUCCCAUCAACUGUAGUGAAACAUGAGUUGGCUAUAAAGAUACUAGGUGUAAAUCUGGUGCUGCAAGGAUUUAUCAUCUAUGUCUAAAUCUUAAAAUCUAAGACUGAAAGAAUAAAAAUACUGUACUUAAAACAUAUCAAUUCUGUUCUCCUCCUUGUGCAUCUAAAAGAUAAACUAUUUUAAGGUUUACAAAUGCUAUGGAAUCAGUUAACCAGAUUUAUAGAAUGCCUUUUUUCCAUUAGGGAAACGUUUCACUUGCUUAGUACAUGAAUUGUAAUAUGUGUAUGAAUUAUAAACACGAUCUGGUAUGCUAUUUAGAUGUGGUCUCUGAGCUCCACAUAGGGAAGAGCCAGUGCAUUUGGGAUGGUAACAUCUCUGAAGAUAUUCAUUAAUGUAAUGUACUGCUGCUUCUAGAGCAGAAUAUACAUCCUUUAAAAAAAUGAGAUGGGUAUUGGAGAUUUUUAAAUUAAACCUGGAUUAUCAUGGGACAUAACAUCUCUGGUCUGAUUUAGUAAAAAGACAGCCUACUCAUUAAAAGUACAUUGUGAAUGUUCUAAUGUCUUACUCAGCAGUGUACAGGAGUUUGCUAACAGUGAUGUUAUACCACUUGGACUAGUGUAUGAUUGUAUUGUACUGUACAUGCCAUUAUUAUUGUAAAUACUUGGAUUUUACGGAUUCAAAAAACAUUUGCGCUGAGUUGCAGUAUAUUUGCAUUUAGUUGCAUGUUUCUUUGUCUGAGUGUGUCAUCUUUCUUGCCUGAAUGCGAUUAAAGGCACUGGGCCCAAAGCA